GCGACGUUAAGUAUUAUGAGAGAGUUACCUGUGUUGGUAUUUAACACGGUGUGCUACUACACGAUCUAGCUAGCUACCGUUCCCCUUUAUUGCCUGGUUGUGCCUCCAGCGACUGAAAUCGUAUUUAACACUACUGGUACAGCACGCUAGAUAGCUGGCGAUAACCAUGUCGACUUCUGUUACAUUUCAAACUGAGCUUGUCGCCAUCAUGGAGGUUUUGACACAAGCGGCGGUGACAGAAAUUAACAAACUUGUAGAAGAUGGAUAUGCAAUGUUACGCCUUGAAAUAUCCAGAAGUCACCGGGAAAACGAGGAACUGAAGCGGCAACUAGCGAUUCAGUUGGACACCAAAAAGAGAACGCUACAGACCUCUAUAACCUGUAAUGUAAACACUAGUAAUUGUGGAGUCCAGUUUAAUCGAGAUAUUAAAAGACAGACGACAAAGGGUAAGUUAGUCGAGUUGAUAGCCCCCCGUCGUGGAGAUGUAGAAUGCACAACGGUGGAUAAUCGCAAGAAUUGCGACGAUGAGUCUUUGUAUGCAGGUGAGGAAAUGGUUGAAUCACAUCUUAUUAAAGUGGAAAGGCUUGAAGAAAACUGGGAGAGCAGCGACCCACAUCAAGGACUGAAUAUCUGUGAGAAAAGAGCUGCGGAGUCCAGUGGCAGUGAAAGGACUGAACCUGCAAUAGGCAUUGAGGACCUAUCUGAGCAGCACAGUAUUAAACACAGUGUUUGGGAAGACGACACACUGCGCUCUGUUCUCAAGCCUGUAAGCCUCCAGGAUAUGAGACACACAGCAGGGAGACUGAACAGCGCGGGACCGUAUGUUUUGUACGAAGCACCCAGUCCAGUGGAUACAUUCUUUGCCAAAAGAACCGUCGAAACCGAGACUGAAGGUCCUAUCCACUCUUAUCCUACAGAACCCAACUCCGACAGCCUGUUGGCUCAGUCAGAGCUACCACUAAUUUCUACUACAGCAAAAGAUGGUGGGAAGAGUGUGUCAUCUAUGGGUUCCCUUUGUGGAAACAAUUCUGUAUGUUUUGAAAUGGGAGCUGAUGUGUGCUUCACGUGGAACAAAGAGACCCUGUCAGGACCAAGAAGUUCAGCAAGGCCAAGCAAACCGACUUAUGGGCACACUGGUUUUGAGAGACACAAUCAACAGUUACCUUCCACAACUCAAGAGGUUGCAGACACAGAGCAUCCAUCUUGCUCUUACUCGAUAGGACGUGAUGACACGAGCCACUUCAUUCAUUCAGAGCUGGAGGACGGUCAAAAUUUGUCUCCUUUAGAAUCAAAUAUUGAUGCAACAGAUUCAGGUAGCACUGUCAUGUCUGGUAAAAGCUUGACCACGUCAUCAAGCCGUAAGAUUCAAUGUAGAGAGAAGAGGCGGACGAUUUGUACUUUAUGUGGUAAACGGUUGAGCUGUGCACAAACUCUUGAAGCACACUUGAGAAUUCACACUGGGGAGAGACCAUACAGUUGUUCGUACUGUGGAAAGAAAUUCAACCAAAUGAGUAAUCUUAGAACACACCAGAGAACUCACACAGGGCAGAAACCAUACAGUUGCAUCCAAUGUGGGAAGCGGUUUUCCGAUCCCGGUUAUCUUAAAAGACAUCAGUAUGUUCACACAGGAGAGAGACCUUUCAAGUGUGCAGAGUGUGGGAAGAGUUUCUCUUUCUCAAAUAAUCUCAUAAGGCACCGGAGUGUUCACACUGUAAAGGGCGACAAUGGGGCGACAUUAGCUCAGGCGGUAAGAGCAGUCGUCUGGCAGUCAGAAGGUUACCGGUUCGAUCCCGCCCUGGGUGUGUCGAAAUGUCCUUGAGCAAGACACCUAACCCCUAAAUGCUCCUGACAAGCUGGUCGGUGCCUUGCAAGGCAGCCAUUCACCGUUGGUGUGUGAGUGUGUGUAUGAAUGAGUGAAUGCAAAGCAUCAAUUGUACAGCGCUUUGGAUAAAGGCGCUAUAUAAAUGCCUACCAUUUAAAUAUAAUUUAGCUGGAUAUGAAAGGAUAUUGUUCCUUUAUGUCAAAUGAAAAUGUGUGAAAGGAAGCACACUGGAUCCACCACAUAAUCUGUAAGAUAUUUUAAAUCCAGAAAUGCCGCAUGCAGCCAAAUUAGUGACCUAAGUUAGUUAGGUUUAUACAUAAUUUCAGUGUGUGCCUUGAUCUGUAUAGCCUGCAAGUGCAGUUGGAUCCUUUUGUUAAACACCUCAGCAUCUCCAGUAGUGACACUAAAUGAGAAACAAAAGAAUAAUAGGUGUUUGUAGCGAAUGUUGCAUAUGAGCCAUCUUUAGCAGUGGCAUUUCAUGCUGCAUACACCAUCAUUCACUAUUUAAAAACGACCACUUUCAGGUUUCAGUACAGGCAAGCAGUUGUAUUUUGUAAGGCUAGCUCUGAAAAACUAUGACAAACUGUCAAUUCAGCCAUAUUCAUGCAGACCGUUAAAUCACCGAUAAGUGUAAAGGGCUAGCUUAUAUGGCUAAAGAUGCAUGAACACAGAACAGUACAUUGAUUCUCUUAGUAGAUCCUUCAUAAUUUGCACUAGAAAGCUAGACGACAUGCUGAUUUCUAAAACAUGAAAUAUUGAAUAUUUGUAUUUUAUAAGCCAAACAGUAAUUUUAAAUGAAAAUAAUGCUUUAUGUUAUUUUUUCUGCAGUUUAUGUAUUACGCUCAAU